AUGAAUGACGAUGAAGCAACCAGCCCAGCCAACGGCAGAAGCCAUAAGCGCCGGAAAGUGGCUACAGAGAUGCCCCGGAUGGUAGAGCUUACCAGUACACGGUGGAUGCACAAGCAGAACGCCAGAAUCUACAACCGCAUACCCACGUCGUCGGGGGAAAACGUUUCUCAGGUUCACAUUCUCAACACCAACAAACAAUUCUCGAGUGUUCAGCUUCUCAACAGAGGAUGUCGACGAUAUUUGCUAAAAGACCCCGAAGAUCCUUUGACACCCAAGUCAUAUUACGUUGGCAUUGAUGGUGCAGACUUCCACCCAAUGUUCAUUCAAGGGUGUGGAAAUCAGCCCAAUGUCAUGGGAAAUCACAACCGCGGCGCGAGCUUUGUACUCGGCAAGGUCAAAAAGUCAAGAAACCUUUUGAUCCCCCCCUGCGACAUGCUCCGCUCCGGACAGAUGACUUUCUUGAAACGUCAGACGCGCAGCAAUGAUCCUGUCCCCCGGGUAGGAUAUGAUUCACAAGAGUCUUUAUCGGAAAAGCUACGGGAAUACAAAACACAACAGACGAUGAACUUCUGCAACGGGUUUGCUUGCUCAGUGUUGGUUCAGGAUUCGGACUUGAAGCUCGACUACAAUGCGCUCCCGCACACGGCUCCCGAGAGCUGGGCAUUAUUUCGUAUGAAAAUGCCCAAAAUAGCCGGAAAAGUCGUGCCACCGGCCCUUCUGAAUGAGCUCACCUCUUUCCUCGCCAAAUAUCCUAAAGACAUGGUGGAUUUGACGUUUUCUCUGUCUAUGGCAAUCCUCUGGUGUCGCCUCGCUUCGGCUCCAGGGCACCAACCGGAACUAUGCGUCAUCCAGCCUAACUCGUUUCUCAGCGAAGGCUUAGCUAGCCAUUUGGUUCCUCUGCCAAGCCUUGCAGUCUUCCUACUCUAUUCCAGUCACUUCUUUCGCUUUCACGAACAGCACGGUCUUGCAGCUUACGGCCACAUUUUCAGAUAUGUGACAGCUAUGUACAGCAACGACGUGAAACUCAACUCGGUGUUUUGGAUUAACAACAAUCAUAUUGAUGAGGAGAAGGUGACCCAGCUUGUGGCCUUGAUAAAGCUCGAAGAAGGCGACUGGAUGGAGGUUGUUCCCCCCUCUUGGGAGGGAUCAAGACUCACUAUGCCGCGUAACAGUGGAUGUCGAGUCACAAGAUCAGAAGCGACCACUGCCUGGCUGAUGCUUCCAGACAUUCACACCAUUGGCCUUCCAUUCUACGGAAAUGAAAUGAGGGAUGGCCUGGGUGAUGUUUACCGUCGAGUUUUCGUCCACAACAGUUGGAUGACACCUGCGAUUCUCGCAGGUAAUUAUCUCAUCCACGAAGCAAGAGAUGACACCUACUUCCGCGCCAAAGACAUUGAGCUUCCCAUGUUCUCUGAAAGAACAAGGCUUUGGUCUGCACCGAGUACAGCUGUUCGGGGUCUGUGGCGUGAGACCGUUUCACCGGUUGAUGGUCGGCUAGGGCAAUCACCAACCAAUUUCAGCACCCCUGAUGGAAUUCUCGGCUUGCCCGAGCCGCGUCAAUCGGCUAUACCAGACGCUUCAGGCAUUCUAUCUCCUGUCAAGAAGUUCGCACAAAAGCUCGUAGUCCAGUUCCGGCUGGCUCAAGAGGAGGGCUUUAUUUCGCCCGAGUUACAACUGGGAGACAGCGGACUCACUUGGGAUGGCAUGCAGGAGCACCUCAAGUCCACGGAGAAAUUACCUGAUGGCAUUGGUAUCACUGAAAUGGUCACCAAAGACGCCACUCGGCAGGCCGAUCUGUUCAGUGGCAAGGAGUGCACCAUUCUGCGAAGAUUGCUCAACGACAUGAAUAACGAGGCAAAUCUCCCGAGCUGCAUCCGCCCAUUCAAGCAAGCCAUUGAUCCAUUCGCAGAAGACUACAGCAAGUCAGAAAUUGUGCCUCUCAUGGAAGAAAUGGGAAAGCCGGUGGUUAUCCAAAUGAACCAAAUUGCCGCCUACAUCGAUCAACAUGACAAGGAGGAAGAUGCCUUCGCAAAGCACAUCAUCAAGUCCUGCUGUUUCCUUCUUGGCAUUGAAUACCCGGGCAGGCCUGCAGAGGGUCACCGAGCGAUCUUUCAAGUCGACAGCGAGGUGGCAAUGGCUGUUGGGGACAUCAUGCACGAAAAUAUGUCACCAAUUUCUGGGAACCUCCCAAAUGCUAUCCGGCAGUUGAAGCAUUCAAGCAAAUUUAUGCCAGUGUGGCGUUUUCUCAUGUUUAGAGAUAGGUUGAUGGGCGAAAACUUUGACGAGACGCGGACGUACUCUUGGGAUGAGCUCCUACAAGGAAACAUCUCGGAUGUUGCCUUGGGACAGUCGGCACUGACAAAUGGUACGACGGCUGAGAAACGUGCCAUAUCGUUCUUUCAACGUGUAGCCGCACCGGCCCUUGGAGGAUCACUGAAUAAGCACUUCUGGAUCACCAUCGUUCCCCAGGUUGCGAACCAAGAACCCGUGGCGAAGCACGCCAUGAUGGCCGUUAGCUCAUUAUACGAGACUUUUACCAAGCGCUCUCGUCUCGACAUUGCCUGUGGUGCAGACGAUCAGAGUAGCGCAUUCGCUGUGUGGCAUUACAAUGAGGCUAUCAGACUGUUACGAACAACGACAGACCGGGCUUUGAUACUGUUCGUCUGUGUCCUGUUCAUCUGCGUCGAGCUGCUUCGGAAGAACUCCAAAGAUGCGGUUGAACAUUGCCGACAUGGGAUAAAUGUCCUCAACGAAGUUCGCAGCGAAUCGGAUUUCAUAAAGAACCACGUCCAGCCGGCAAUACGGAAUUUGAGCAUUGUCCCAUAUCUAUACGGCGCCGAUCCCCAUUCCUUCCCAACCCUAGGCAAGCCCGCGCCGGCCACGAAAUACAAUUUUCGCAACAUCUCAGAAGCACAUCAAUCGCUGGUCUGUGUCCUGGUCCGGGUCGUACGAUUCGCGCGGUGUUUGACUGAACCACGUCUGGAGCCCGGGCGAAACGGUCCCGAUCCAGGAACAGAGUGGACCCAGCAGGACAUUGUAGAGGAUAUGGACGCUUGGUUAGAAGGGCUUCGUCACUUCACGGGAUACAUCUAUGUCCCGGCAGGCCCCGAAGAGAGGGAUAUCUGCAGGUUAUUGGAGAUGCGGUGGACGGUUGGCAAGGUCAUGUUGCUAACCUGUCGGUCCAAUAACGAACGCGCCUACGACGAACACAUCGAAAAGUUCCGAACGAUAGUCGAACUUGCGAUCCCCGCAGCGGCGGCAGCAACAGCCUCAUCUGGAAAGCGAAAGCCAGGGUAUUGUACCGAGAGACACCCGCUUGAACUGGGGUUCACUUCCUUGCUCGCCUUCGUGGUCAUGAAGUGUCGCAUGUUCGAGCUGAGGCUGGCGGCAUGGAGGCUCAUGAACAAAUUGCAUCGUCCUAACGAUAACAUAUGGAGCGAGGAUGUGACAAUCGUGCUGGGGAGGAGAAUCAUGGAGUUGGAACACCACGUCAACUUGGAUGAUAUGAAGCUCGAUGACGAAGAUGAUAUCAGCGAGAUUGGGGAGGGCGAUCCCGCAUUGGUUCAAAAAGAACGAAUCGUGAACUUCAGCGCCAAUUUUGCGAACACCGAAUUCCCUAGGCGGAAUGUGCGAUUCAACUUUCUUUUAAAAGAAGGCCAGAGCAAAGAGUACGUCGUGGAGGAUGAUUGGAUUUCGGUCAAGUCCCGACCGAAGACACAACUUCUGGAGGAAGAGUCAGAGUGGACUUGGAAGGGACACUGUUGA